AUGGGCGAUUUUUCACUGGAGGACAUAAAGCUCUUACUACAGAAACAGACCAAGGAACUAAAGGAAGAAUUCAAUAAGAAAAUUAAACCAAUUGAUCGCAAAGUAGAAGAAAACACAAGCAGAAUCCUAAAGUUGGAAGAGAGAAAUAUAGUUUUGGAAAGAAAAUUACGCAAAAACAACGUAAUAAUUUUUGGAUUAGAAAACCAACAGCAAGAGUCGUUGGCUAACUAUGUGAUUGCCAAAAUCAACACGCUAUUUGAAUUAAAUUUGGAGCUCACAGAUAUUAAUAAUAUAUACCAAUUAAACAGGGAUCCCAAGUCACCAGUUAUAAUAGAAUUCUCUACAUUUCUCAAAAAGUUAGAAAUUUUCAAGAGCACAGAAAAAUUGAAGGAACUUCGCAAACACAAAAUUUCUGUUUCGAAUGAUAUGUGCCCAGAGAACCGCAGAGACCACAAGAUUCUAAGAAAACAUUUUAAACUUGCUAAGGAAAGCAACAAAACUUGCAAAAUACAGGGGCUAAGAAUUCAAAUUGAAGAUAAAUGGUAUACCGCAGCCGAUUUAGAAUAUUCUCCUGAAGAGAAUCCAGAAGAGAGUGAAGACGAAGACGAUUCGAGUGAGAAAGAUCAAGUCGAGACUGAAUUUCAUUCCAGACAGAGGUCUGGACAGAGGGCGCGAGAGAACAACUCAGUGAAAAGAAAACUAAACCACAUUAGCCCAAAAACACUUACAUUACAUAACACCAGAACAAAAAAAAAGAAAUAA